AUGGCUCCCCAGCGAAAGGCGUCUUCGGUCCCUGAGGGAUACAAGGAGGAUCUCUCCAAGGGCAAGAUGCUCAGAUUCGAAGAUUCCCUGCCCCGUCUACCUGUUCCCUCCCUCGAGGAAACGGGCGCCCGAUACCUGAAGUCCGUUCACGCCGUUGUCUCCGAGACCGAGUACGAGCGCACCAAGAAGGCUGUCGAGGCGUUCAUUCGCCCCGGCGGUGAGGGCGAGCCCCUGCAGAAGCGGCUGCUGGCGCGCGCAGCCGACCCCAAGAUCAAGAACUGGCUGGCCGAGUGGUGGAACCAGGCCGCGUACCUGGGCUACCGCGACCCCGUCAUUCCCUACGUCUCCUAUUUCUAUUCCUACAAGGAUGACCGGCUGCGCCGCAACCCGGCCCAGCGUGCGGCAGCGAUUACCUCGGCUGUGCUGGAGUUCAAGCGCCAGGUGGAUGAUGGCUCCCUGGAGCCCGAGUACAUGCGUGGCCAGCCCAUGGCCAUGAGCUCCUACGAGUACAUGUUCAACUGCUGCCGUAUCCCCGCCGACGGCGCGGACUUCCCCAACCAGUUCUUCAAGGUGCCUUUGGUCGUCGACGGACAGGCCCUGAAUGUCUCCGAGCUAGAGCAGCAGUUCCAGCACGUCUACGAGACCGCCCAACCCGCGCCGCCGGUCGGCGUGUUGACCGUUGCGGACCGUGACCACUGGGCCGCUGCUCGCAAGAAGCUUGUUGCCGCUGAUCCAGCCAACGAGAAUGCUCUGCGCGACAUCGAGUCUGCCGGGUUCGUGGUCUGCCUGGAUGACGCUAAACCCGUCACCCUGGAGGAGCGCGCCCGCCAGUACUGGCACGGCGAUGGCUCCAACCGUUGGUUCGACAAGCCUCUGAAUUUUAUUGUCAACGAGAACGGCACUGCUGGUUUCCUGGGCGAACACAGCAUGAUGGACGGUACCCCUACGCACCGCCUCAGCGACUUUGUCAACGCCACCAUCUUCAAUAAGAAGAUUGAUCUCUCUGCCAAACCUGUGCGCUCUUCGCUGGCAGAGCCUAAGCCCAUCACCUUCCACCUGAAUGAGGAGGUCAACGAGGCCGUGGAUGUUGCUGCUCAAUACCACCGCAAGCAGAUUGCCGACCACGAGCUCGUUGUCCAAGCCUUCCAGGGCUACGGCAAGGGUCUCAUCAAGAAGUUCAAGUGCAGCCCCGAUGCCUUUGUCCAGAUGCUCAUUCAGCUGGCCUACUUCAAGAUGUACGGCAAGAACCGCCCUACUUACGAGUCCGCCGCCACCCGCAAGUUCCAGGAGGGCCGCACCGAGACCACCCGCACCGUUUCGGACGAGAGUGUCGCCUUCUGCAAGGCCCACCAGGAUGCGAACGUGCCUCGCGAGGAGGUCGUUCGGUUGUUCCGCGCCGCCCUCUCCCAGCACACCAAGUACACCCUCGAGGCUAGCGACGCCCGCGGUGUGGAUCGCCACCUCUUCGGUCUGAAGAAGCUUCUGCAGCCCGGUGAGAAGCUUCCCGCCCUUUUCGAGGACCCGGCCUACACCUACUCUAGCUCCUGGUACAUUUCCUCCUCGCAGCUGAGCUCCGAAUACUUCAACGGCUACGGCUGGAGUGAGGUCAUCCCCGAUGGAUGGGGCAUUGCCUACAUGAUCAACGAGAACAGCCUCAACUUCAACAUCGUCUGCAAGCGCCUCGGCGCUCACCGCAUGAGCUACUUCCUGAACGAGGCUGCCUCCGAGCUGCGUGACCUGCUCAUGCCUGAUCUGGCUGCCCAGUCCGAGAAGGCGAAGCUUUAG